AUGGUAGGCAGGCAAGAGCGCGAGAAAAGGAAAACAAAGAAUGAGGACCACUCCUUGAAAGCCAAAGAUUCAUUGCUUAUAAGUGGAGAGGAGAGUUUAACUCCGAGUAGUGAAGGGAAGAAGAAGAAGAAGGGUGGUCGUGAGGAUGUUUCAGUAAGUUCUAGUGUAAGUGAGGGUAACCCAGAUGUGAAUACUGCAGCAGACAAGAAUGAGAAGAAGGAGAAGAAGAAGAAGAAGAGUGAGAGACAUGAGGCUACUGGUGAGGAUGUUGCAGUAAGUUUUAGUCCAAGGGAGGGUAAUGUAGAUGUGAAUAACAUAGCAAACAAGAAUGACAAGAAGGAGAAGAAGAAGAAGAAGAAGAGUGAGAGACAUGAUGCCAGUGGUGAGGAUGUUGCAAUAAGUUCUAGUCAAAGUGAGGGUAAUGUAGAUGUGAAUAAUGCAGCAGACAAGAAUGAGAAGAAGGAGAAGAAGAAGAGAAAUUUGGAGCAUGGUAAUGAUGAGAAAGAAUCUCAGGUGGCUAGGAAGAAAAAUAAGGUGAGUGAAGUUCGAGAGGCUUUGGAGGAGACCCACAUGAGAAUAGAGGAUAAUACGGGACUGCAAAAGAAUGUCUGGGUGGAUUUUGUCAGCAAUUCUGAGUCAGAAGUGAUAAGAGAUGGGAAAAAGAAUCACAAGGAGAAAAACAGAGAAGGUAAAUCAAGCACUAUUUCUUCUGUGGUUAACAUCCUCAACCAUAACAGAAGGGAAGAGGUGGCUGAGGUACAGAAUGGCCCUGAAAAUGAAGACAUUGCUAACAUGAAUAGUGGGGAAGGAUGGGAUCACAAGAAGAAAAGGAAGAAGAAACAUAAGAAGUAUGAUGAUGGUGGUGGUGAUACUGAGGUAAUUAAAUGUGUAGCUGAUGGAAAAGAUGCUGGUAGAGUGGAGUUGAUUGAAAUUGUUCAGGACAAGGUAGAGUCUUCACAGAAGGAGAAGGAGAAAAAGAGGAAAAUGCACAAUGUUGAUCUAGAGGCUGCAUCAACGCAAAUUAUGGCCGAGAUGAUGGGUAACCAAAGCAGUGUAAUAGAAGGUGAUGGAUGUAACACAAGUUCUAUAAAAAAUAAGGCAAGAGAUGGAAAACUAAAGGUUAAUGCUGAAGGUGGAAACAACAGGAAGAAGAAGGCCAAGUCCUUGGAAAAUCGUUCAAAAGAAAAAAGUAGCAAAAGAGUAACACAAAUGGAGAAAGACAUCGAAACCACUGGUCCUUCAGAAAAAUCUUCCUCAAAAGUGACAUCUAAGAGAGUAAGUUUCGGUGAAGAUGUAGAGGUUUUCCCUUCAUCUGAUGAGCCUAGUGAUGAGAAGGCUGUUGGGAAAGAUGGCUUAGUGCGAGGGAAGCGGUUCUCGCCUGAGGAGGAUGAGAUGGUUAAAGAAGCCGUUUUAAACUAUAUUAAUGUUCAUGAUUUAGGUGCAGAAGGUCUAAACAUGGUGCUGAAUUGUAAAAAGCACCCUGCAAUUACACAUUGUUGGAAGGAGAUAGGGGCAGCCCUACCUUGGAGGCCUUAUAAGAGUGUAUAUUAUCGAGCCCAUAUAUUGUUUGAAAGGGGUCAGAAUUCUUCUUGGACCCCAGAAGAGUAUGAACUCAUCCGAAAGUUUCAUGAAAAGCAUGGAGCAGAUUGGAAGACACUAGCAGAAGCCAUGGGCAAGCAUAGGUUUCAUGUAAAGGACACGUGGCGUAGAAUAAAACUGAUCAAUAUGAAGAAAGGAAAAUGGUCCCAGGAUGAGUACCAGUCUUUAUUUGAUUUAGUGAAUUUGGAUCUGCGCUUGAAAGCUUUUGAAGAAAGGAAAACAAAGCAUGGGAUGUUACGAGAUAAUAUUAGUUGGACAGCAAUCAGUGAGAAGUUGGAGACUAGGACUGAUGCUCUUUGCUGCCAAAAAUGGUACGACCAAUUAACAUCACCUAUGGUAGCUGAAGGUAAAUGGCUUGAUACAGAUGAUUAUCGGCUGCUGAUGGAGCUCUACGACUUGGAUGCUUGCUGCAUGGAAGAUGUUGAGUGGGACAAUCUUCUAGAGCACAGGUCUGGAGAUCUCUGCCGGAAGCGAUGGAACCAAAUGAUCAAACACCUUGGUGACCAUCGUAACAGUUCAUUUGCUGACCAAGUUGACGUUCUCACUAAACGGUACUGUCCUGAUGUGCUUGAAGCAAGAGAGGCCUACAACAGCAAACCUGCAGUUCCUUGA